CCGCUAAGGCCUAACUAAUGUGAAUAAACCUACUAUUGGUGGCUUGAAAACCUUUGAUUUUAGCAUUUGUGCAAUACCAUCUCCCUCCUUUUCAGACAUCAAUGAAUGUGAAGAUGCAGUGUCAGUUUGUGGUCAAUACUCAGAUUGUAUUAACAUCAUUGGGAGUCACAUGUGUUCAUGCUGGAGUGGAUUUAAUACCUCCAAUAAAGACAGUCCUGUGAGCACCAACAACUCAUGUCAGGAUAUAAAUGAAUGUCUGUUCAGUCCAUCUGUAUGUGGUCCAAAUUCCAUCUGUGAAAAUCAAUUUGGAAGUUACAACUGCUCAUGUUUGGAUGGAUUCACCGCAGCAAACUCAAGUCUCCCCAUCAGCAUCAAUAACACGUGUAGCGGUAAAUCAUGGAAUUCAGUGUGCAUAUAAUUUUUUAAACUAACAGCAUGCUUUUUCUUUUUUCUCUUUUUCAAAUUGUAUUUAACACAGUUUAUUGUUUAAUAUAUUUGAAAAGUAAC